AUGGUCCGGGUGGGCGCCCGCGACAGGUGCCUUCCCUGCUUCGAUGACGCCGCCGAGGCGGGCUGGCGCGGCGACUGGGGCUUUGUCUGCCUCGCCGACACGCAGUUUGGCAUGCUGCGGCAUGACGAGAGCUGGGGAGAAGAAAAGGCGAUGCUGCUGGAGGCGGCGGCGCGCGUCAACGCCCUCUCCCCGCCGCCGCGCUUCGUGUGCGUCUGCGGCGACCUCGUCAACGCCUGGCCCCGCCGAGGCGCAAGCGGGGCGGAUGGCGAGCCCAACGCGGUUGCGCAGGCGCAGGUCGACGACCUGCAGGCGGCGCUGGACGCGUUCCGGCCGGACGUGCCCCUCCUCUGCCUCUGCGGCAACCACGACAUCGGCAACCGGCCGAACGCCGCCACCAUCCAGCAGUACCGCCAGAACUGGGGCGACGACUACUUUUCGUUCCGCGUCGGAGGCUACUUCAACUGGCCGGCGGGCGUUCGUCGGAGGGUGCUCGACCAGCUGCACGCGUCACGCGCGAAUGUGCACGCCUGGUUCUGCGGGCACUACCACCGGAACGCCGGCGGGUGGGACGGGCCGCUCGAGGUUGGCUGA